UUCCGGAAGUUGCCUUCUGAGGUGGCGUGCAAGUCCGGCGUGGUCUUUGUGAGAUUCCACUAUGGCGUACCGAGGCCAGGGCCAAAAGGUGCAGAAAGUGAUGGUGCAGCCCAUCAACCUCAUCUUCAGAUACUUGCAAAAUAGAUCUCGGAUUCAGGUGUGGCUCUAUGAGCAAGUGAAUAUGCGGAUAGAAGGCUGUAUUAUUGGUUUUGAUGAGUACAUGAACCUUGUGUUAGAUGAUGCAGAAGAAAUUCAUUCAAAAACAAAGUCAAGAAAACAACUGGGUCGGAUCAUGCUAAAAGGAGAUAAUAUCACUCUGCUACAAAGUGUCUCCAACUAGAAUUGAUGAGUGAAGUGACAGUGACAACUUGUUAAGAAUACUAUACAGUUUUUUUUUAAUGAUUUUUGUUGGACAUACAGCCCUAAAACAUGUUCUUACUGUUUUUUGUUGAGACCUCACUGUGUAUACAGUUUUCUUCACCCUUAUGUUAUUAUCAAAUGACAAUAAAUACAUUGUUUCUUUGUAUACAGUGGUAAAGAUCUUUUACACAAUGGCAUUUGCAGCUGAUGGUAUUUAUUUUAAAAGUUUCUGAAGGGUUGGCAGUUGCCCUGGCAGGGCAUUUGCUUUUCUCAGAGCAUGAACCUAUAUAUUUUAAGGCAAAGAGUUAAGAAUUCUACCUGACAGGUAAGCUUCCAGUAUUGGUGGCAGAAAAAAAUGCUCACAAAA